AUGCAUAAGCUGUGGUUUACCUUCACCGUGUUUCUAGUGCUGGCCACGAUCGGUUCGUACGCGGUCGAUGCCAAGAAGAAGCUGAUCAACAACAAGUACGGCGAUGGUGACUUUGAGUUCAUCGAUGAGGACGAUAAGAGCAAUCAACAGCCGCAACAGGCGAUGGACUCGGUGUCAUCCAUGCAGUUGAAGCAGGACCAACAGCAAAUGAUUCCGGAAAAGAAAAAAUGGAUUCACGACCCAUCAAGUGAUCUCUGCAAACCGCUCAACUGCAAGAAGAAAGAACUCUGUCUACUGGAGGACGCGUACACGGCUGUCUGCGUUUCGAAGAAGGAACUACACAAGAACAAAUUCAUCAGCAGCUAUAACUCACUAGCAAACAGGGAGGAAAUAAUCACCAAGAGCAAAUACUUCGAGGAGGAGGAAGCGAAACGCAAAGCGGACGCAGAGGCAGCAGCAGCAGCGGCAGCAGCUGCCGCCGCCGCGGCUUCCGCCGCUGCAUCGUCCGGCCUGAACGGGGCCAUCGGAGGAAGCGGUGUGGCUGGUGUGACCGAUACCGGCAGCAUGACGUUGAUGGCGGCCAGCGGUGAUAGUAGCACCGGAAGCAACGCAAACGACGGUACGAGCAGCGGGCUGGAGCAUGAGGAGCGCGAGGACGACGAAAGCUCGUCGCAGGAUGACGACGUGUUUUAUGACAGCGAGAAGGAGGAAGACUGUAAACCGUGUCCGGUGGUGAAGCCCACCUAUCUGUGCGGCAGCGACAACUGGACGUACUCGUCGCUCUGCCGGCUGGAGUACCACAACUGCAUUCACACGACGGAAGUGAAGGUCAACUGUAUGGGCUUCUGUCCGUGCAAAGAUGCUGGCCUGCUUCUUGAUCUGAAAAAACAGCAACGGAUGGCUGACCGGAUGAGUGCGUUCAACGCCAAGUACCAGCGGACGAUCGACAGCAAUGACAUCAACGCAGACAACCUCAUUCCGUCCGGCAAGCAGCAGCUCAAGGAGGAAAAGAACCGUCACUACAACCACAUCAACUCGCAGUACACUUUCACGCCCGAGGAGAUCAAGUACGACAACAAGCACUACAAGUACAUCAAGUACACGACGUACAAGGGCAAGUCUUCAUUGCCGUCGGCAUCCCGUCCGUAUGAUGGUUACGGUACGUCCACCAGUGGUUCGACCCGCCUGACAGCCGAGGACAAGCACAAAAUCCGGGGAUACAACGAGAUGCUCGAUAAGCCGACCAGCACCGGCAACGCCAACAACGGCAACAGCAAACCAUCCAAACUGUCCGGCAGCAGCGUGGCACGUUAUCCGAUGAAAUCGAGCGAAUGCAAACCGCAGCAGCUGACGGCCAUCGGUAACCGGCUGCUCGAUUGGUUCUCGGUAAUCAUGGCGGACAGCAAGAAGCGACGUCAGCAUCAGCAGCAGAAGAACAAGGUGCACUUUCCCGCCGCCUGCAAGCUGGAGGCCCGCUGGAUGUUUGGCCACCUGGAUCUGAACAACGAUGGCGAGCUGUCGACGCAGGAGCUGUACGAUCUGGAGCACGAUCAGAACGAGCGGUGCAUCAAACCGUUCAUCGAUACGUGCGAUCUCGAUCAGGACGGCACGAUCGAUCCGCGCGAAUGGUGCCGUUGUUUCGAGAAAACCGACCGCCCGUGUGCUGCCGUCCGGCGACGUCUCGGUAACGAUCUGAGUGGUUCGUACGCUCCAGAUUGUGACAGUCAAGGAUUUUACAAACCGACCCAGUGCCAUCAGGCGGUAGGCGUGUGCUGGUGUGUGGAUGAGCACGGUGUCGAGUUUGCCAACACGCGCACCCGAGGAAAACCCAACUGUGAAGAAAUCAUAAACAAUGCUACAACACUUAACUCCGACGACGAGGAUACGGAAGAUUCGGACGACGACGACGAUAGCCAGGAGGGUAGCGCUGAUCGUCUGCUGGUGUUUUAAAGCGUUGCUAGUACCGGCAACGGUAAAAGAGGUGUCGUUCCUUUAAGAUUUCUUCCAGCUCUCUUUCAUCUAAUGUCUUAGAUUAUAUGUUAUGGUGAUUUUUGGUUUUUUAGAAGAAAAAAACAAACCAAACACAUUUGUUAAAGCUGUAGCUUUACAGUUACUUUAAUUCAACCUGAAAACCACUAAACAUUGUGUGAGAAUGCGUGUAUUGAGUAAUGUAAACGUAUAUAAACAGCCAGCAAAAAAAAACCCAGUAUAGUAGACAAAUCAUCUCCCAUUUCCCGUCCGAACACUCUUAAAACAAACAAACAAAAAACCCACGCGCGUCUGGUGGUGGUGAUGAAGUGUGGCGUAAUAUUUCACAGCGGAACGAACCGUUGGUUGGCUCUUUCUUUCUUUCUCUCGUGUGCCACUUCGAAGAAAUAAUUCCCGUCCUUAGAGAAGUGUUGUAAAGUGCGUGACAUUUGUUAUUGUUGUAAAGCAUCGUGUAAAGCAAACCCCAAUUCAUAUGCUGCUUAUGAACUUUGAAUUAAUUCCAUUUUGCAUCUGUACGUAAAACUUCUAUUGUAAAAACAAAACGUCACGAUUACAAACCAUGAAUACAAUUCAACGCAAAGUUUCCAUCGAUCAGCAUGAUACAGAGAGAAAGAGAGAGAGAGGGAGAGAAAGAG